UUACGUGUACGUCUCUACAGACACUGACAUAACAACACGUGUAUGUGUACACACAACCACACAUACACAUACAUAAACGCGUGUACAUUCAUUAAAACACACACAUACGUAUAUACGUGUACACACACACAUAUAUAUAUAUAUAUAUAUCUCGUACUUGCGCACAUUACCUUAGUUCUGAUCAUGCAAACCACGUUCAGAGUGCGAAGCAGAGGUGCGGGCACCUACGAGUUCACUAAGGAUGUCACGGCUUGGUGUGCGAAGAGUGGUGUCAAAGUAGGGCUACUGACAUUGUUUGUACAGCAUACAAGCUGCAGUCUAUUAAUCUCAGAAAAUGCUGAUCCCGAGGUUCAGGUUGACAUGAAGAAUUUCAUGAGCCGGUUGGUUCCGCCAACAACAGAUCCGUCGAUGAAGUAUCUUACCCAUACAUACGAGGGUCCUGACGACAUGCCUGGCCAUAUAAAGAACGCGCUACUGCCCGUGAGUAUAUCAAUUCCAGUGACAAAUGGUCGGCCGUGUCUCGGGACGUGGCAAGGGAUCUUCCUGUUCGAGCACAGAGAUCAAUCGCAUGAACGGAAGAUUGUUGCGCACCUAGCCUAACGCCGGCCGAUUUACAGGCAACUCGCCAAACUAGUGCGAAGUUAAUACGAAUUUAGUGCGCAAUCGUCGGGGCAUAUCCGUUCAUAUGUAAAGUGUAGCAAGCAGCUGAGUGCUCCGAAUCAGAAUCGAAGCGCGUGAGCUGAGGGCUGUGGCAAAAUAGGCUGAGUGGCGGUGAGUCGGGAGUUUGUUGAAUUGUUCACCGUCGGAUGAAAACUUCAUAUGAAUGGCGGUAGUAGCGGAAGAGACACAAGUGUAGAGAGACGCAGUAGCACAUAAACCCAGACCAGGAUCACUUGUGCAUUGGGCCUGAUUCUGUGAUCAAAGUAUCGGGAUAUUCUCCGGUGAACUGGAGAAAUUCAUAUUCUUGCCCACUAUGGUACAAGGCUGUUGCCGACUCAUUGCUGAUCAUGUUAAAAGGUCCGUGCAAUAUCAGGUACCACUGCUCUACCGAGCUGUUUUGAUAUCCAAUCUUCAAAGCAUAAAUUGUAGCUGGACACAGCCUAAUAAACUCGAUGGAGGUCAACUUCUGGAUAAAGUUUAUCCGAAUAUAAACUUUAAAAACUAGCUGCGGUUAGUCUACGACGCCAAUCAGAGACUGCCAGCAAACGUACAUGAAGGUUCGCUUCAAUACAACGCACAUUUAUUAAAAGUGCAUCUUCACUUGUUUUAUCCUACGAAUGGGGGAUAGUUGUCUUGCCUCAUCUUUCGUUUACGAAGCAAUGUGUAGUAUUUAUAUAUAUCCGGGUUCUCUUCCUCUGA